UGCCCGAUGAGACUGACCUUAGCAACACAGCGAUAACUUCAAUUUCGUAUCAGUGAUCGCGGAAAAUGUCUCUGGCUUUGCCAAGUUUGUACGAAUAUUACACCAGCGGAGGUAUACACGCUGGCCUGAACGCCGACAAGCCUUAUUUCACCCUCAACGACAGAAACAUCACCAUAUACAGUGGCGCCCUUCAUUAUUUCCGAGUGCCAAAGCCUUACUGGAGAGACAGGCUUCGAAAACUACGAGCCGCUGGACUGAACGCGGUCGAGACGUACGUGCCAUGGAACUUACACGAGCCGCAAUCGGGCCGGUUCGAUUUCGGUCAAGGCGGUUCGGAUAUGGAGGACUUUCUGGACGUGGCGGAGUUCCUAAAGACUGCCAAGGAGGAGGACCUGUUGGCCAUCGUUAGGCCGGGACCGUUCAUUUGUUCCGAGUGGGAAUUUGGGGGGUUCCCCAGUUGGUUGCUGAGGGAAAGGGAUAUUAAAGUUAGGACCUCGGAUGGUACUUACAUGAAAUAUGUUACAAGGUACUUCAACAUGCUUCUACCGAUCCUAGCAAUGCUCCAGUUCACGAAGGGAGGUCCCAUAAUAGCCUUCCAAGUAGAAAACGAAUACGGUAGCACCGAAAAACCGGGAAAAUUCGCACCGGACAAAGUGUACCUCCAAGAGCUCCGCGAAUUGAUGUUAAACAACGGCAUAGUGGAGCUUCUAGUGACAUCGGACAGCCCUUCGAUGCACAAAACUGCCGGAACGCUUCCAGGGGUUUUUCUGCAAACUGCGAACUUCGGCAGCAACCCAGAAGUGGACUUCCUAAUGCUCAAACUCCUCCAACCAGGUAGGCCUAUCAUGGCAAUGGAGUUUUGGACCGGUUGGUUCGACCACUGGUCGGAAAAACACCACACAAGAAGCGAUGAGGACUUUUACAAUGUAUACGAGAGGAUUCUGAAGUAUCCGGCGUCUGUCAAUAUGUAUAUGUUCCACGGAGGCACCAGUUUUGGCUUCAUGAACGGUGCCAAUUUAGGGAACACCGCUACGGAUAACUCGGGGUAUCAGCCCGACACCACGAGUUACGACUACGACGCGCCUUUGAGCGAAAGUGGCGACUACACCAUGAAGUAUGUGAUCGUCAAGGAGUUACUUAAGAAGUACAACCCUAUACAGACCAGAUUACCCCAAACCCCCCACAUAGCUGCCAAGGGAACAUACAAGCCCCAAAAAAUCGCAAGCCAGCUAACUCUGGACGAGAUACUAUCCAAAACUCCUCUGAAGUUCUCAAGUCCCGUGGUGGUGCCAAUGGAGUUGCUCUCAGUGAACAAUAUGUCCGGGCAGAGCUACGGCUACGUAGUUUACAGAAAGAGAAACUUGGACAUCGCAGCAAACGCGGUAUUGACAAUCGGGGGUAGGGUAUGCGAUAGCGUCGUGGUGUUAGUCAACGGGGUGCUAAUGUCCAAGCCUUUGAACACUGCCAGCGACUUGAACAGUUUUGGAUUCUGGAGGUUAAACAACUCUAACCUAACUUUGGGACCGACGAAUCUGACAGGAGCAACUUUGGAUUUGGUGGUUGAGAACUGGGGAAGGAACAACUUCGGUUACUUAGAACAAUUCAACCAGUUCAAGGGCCUUUGGCAGGGUUCAGUUUACUUGAACAACAGAGAAAUAACUAACUGGGAGAUAGUUCCUUUAGAGUUCAAGAAGUCUUGGACCAAGAACCUUACGGGCUGGCACAGUCCUUUCCCUCAACAGUCCGUUGGUCCGUCGUUAUACAAAGCCACUUUUUAUGUGGACGUGCUCGAGGAUACCUACAUAGACAUGCAGAAUUGGUGCAAGGGAAUCGUGAUAGUGAACGAUUUCGUUCUUGGGAGGUAUUCCAAGAUCGGGCCCCAGCAAAGCUUAUACCUGCCAGCCCCUUUCUUGAGGAAGGGGUGGAAUGUCGUUGUAGUUUUCGAACAUUACGUAGCCGCGAGUAAAAUUAGAUUUUCGAGCAAUAUGAUCUACAAGACCCUUACAGGAAAGAAGCGAAGACAGUGAAGGCGUGAACAUUUUGUAAUACAUUGUAAUUGUGUCAACAAUGAAGGUGCUCAAUUAAAAAAUAUUUUCUUGUAUAAAUAUUUACCUAGAAGGGUUAAAAUUAAUUUUUUUAUGGAUACAUGAUUAAAAUAGGUUCAACAUGUCAAUAUGUAAUGAUAAAUGUGUAAAAUUACAUGAACCGAAUCAUAUUUGAAAUAUUCGCUAUAACUUUCUAAGUAACAUAUUUGCUUUUAUAUUCAACAAAACAUAUAUCCCUAAAGUCACAAAUUAAAAAUGUUAUCAACUGCUAGCAGAUAAAGUUUAGGAAAUAGUGUUUAGAACUAAAAAAAAGUAUUUUUCAAGUAAAACAAUGCAGUUCAGUUAGAAUAGUUAAUAAGGUGUACUUUAUUUAAUUUUAUUUUAUCGACAAAGUUAAUCAGAAACAUUUCCGUUGGGUCGAUAAUGAAACUAUUAUUAUAUUGAGUGAGUUUAUAGACCAGGGUCGAUAAUUUUUGAAACCAAAAAAAAUUAUAG